AUGCUUCGUAUACUCAUUUUCGAGCUCGUUAUAUUUUUGUGGCACAUAGGCAAUGCUGGUGCUCACCUGCCAAAGAAUUCAUCAGGCCCAGCUCACGCGAUAGUGCGAGACGUCGUAAUCAUCGGUGGCGGUGCUACUGGGACUUACGCUGCCAUCCGCCUACAGGAAGAUUUCAACCGGAGCGUCGUGCUAAUCGAGAGGGAAGAGGCUCUAGGCGGCCAUACACGCACUUAUUGUGACCCAAAUACCUCCAGCACAAUCGAACUUGGAGUCAUCGCUUUUCACGAUCUGCCGGUCGUGAGGAAAUACUUCGCGCGUUUCGACAUUCCAUUGACAAAACUGUUCUUUAAUUCCACGAUGGAGAGUUACGAUUUCCUAAAUGGCCGUUCGGUCAAUCUUUCAGAGCGCUUACAAUCCAAUGUGGAGAUGUUCUCAGCCUGGAGUAGACAAUUGCAGCGAUUUCCAAAUCUCGAUGAGGGAUAUCAUUUCCCCUUACCUGCCCCACUUGAUCUUCAACGACCAUUUGAGCAGUUUGCACGUCUGUACAACCUCACUGCCCUGAUACCGUUCAUAUGGGCCAUUGAUCAAGGGAUUGGGGAUAUGCUUCAACUGCCCACACUCUACGUCCUGAAGAGUUUCGGGCCUCAAAUGCUGCGCAGUUUGACAACCGGAUUUCUGGCCACGGAAAGACAAAACAACCAUGAAAUUUACGAUCAGGCUUUAAUGCGUUUGAAAAAGACCAAGAGCGUCCUCGUCAACAGCAAAGUUCUGUCUAUGGCCCGUGACGUAUCUGGCCCGUAUGGACGGGCCAUUGUGCGCACCCCUUCCGGUGAGAGAGUUGUCCAGGCCAAACAAUUCCUUUUCACCAUACCCCCAACAAGAGACACCCUCACAGGAUUUGACUUGGACAGCGAAGAAGAGACCUUAUUUUCUGCUUUCAAAUACAUCAAUUACUCGACUGGGCUCCUUCGAGGCGGUCCGAUUGCCUAUGGGGUGACUCUAUGCAAUAGGGGCUCUGAUCCCGAUGUCUAUUCCCUCCCCCGUCUACCGGCUAUAUACACCUUGGGUCCAACACAGAAACCGUCAUUACUUACCGGUGUCAAGUUUGGAAGUAACACAACCAUGACCGUCGAGCAGAUGAAAGCUGAGAUCGUUGCCGAGAGCGCAAAAGCCCUUCGAGACAACUCGUCUUUGCAACUUGCGGCCUUUGCCAAUCACGGUCCCUAUGCCCUCAGUGUCUCGUCUGAGUCGAUUCGUGACGGGUUUUAUCAGAGACUGUACGGCCUGCAAGGCCGACGGCGUUCAUUCUGGACCGGAGCUGCUUGGCAUACCCACGACAGUAGUCUGCUUUGGAAUUUUACGGACACGAUCCUUUCGCGUAUGCAACAAGAUUGGACUUCAAGUUGGUCAAAUUGA